AUGGCAUACUCAUCUCUCGGCCAGAACCCUACGGUGAUCUCUCACAAUGUGAGAGGACUGAACACCCCUGAAAAACGGACAACCCUCCUGAGGGAGCUCAGGAAAGGACACGUGUCAAACACAAAGAUCCGCGGGCUGAAUCUGCUUCUGCAGGUGCGGCACCUCCCCUUGCCUCAGCAGUCAGAAGCAGAGGAGGACAGAAUGCCUCAGCCAGAUCCUGCAUUUCUCUGCGCAGCUGUGGAGAGGCUUGUCUCUGCUAAUUCCAGUCUCAGCAGAGAGGAGAACAUAACUCCUACAGAUCCUGUGAGUCCCUCAUCUUUGCCUCCCCUGGUAUCAGUAUUCGGCAGACUCUGGCAGCUGACUCCAGCCCUCCUCCAGACCCUGCACUUUCCAGCUUCUCCCAGCAGCAGCAAAAAACCUAGAAAAAUGCCUCCAAAGAAAGGAUCAGGCUCAGGAUCAGGCUCAGGCGCCAGAAAAGCUCCAGUUAAGCGGAAAUUGGCAGAGGUGUUCCCACCUGGGGAGGUACUCACCGAUAUAGCCAGAAAGCAGUGGAAAUUAGGACCACCAAUUGGACAGGGUGGUUUUGGACGCCUUUAUCUUGGUAAUUUUUUAUCUUUUUUUUAAAUAGUCCAGUUUUAG